UUGGCCAUCCUCCACGAACGAAACCUUCCGUCGUCGCAUUUGGCAGUGCUGUGCUGUGGCUUUUCAGUCAGAUCCACUUACUGAAGCAAUCUCGUGCCGUGCAAAUGCAAGCAACAACCGUGAGAGAAGACUAGAGGUGACUGCGUGUGUGGUUUUUACCUACGUGUGUCUUUAUUUCUUCCUUCGGGAUCAACCGACCAUCACAUCAGUGCUAGUGCAAAGAAGAUUACUCUGAAGGAAUAACGGGAAUCUGUGCAAGAAGAUUUUAGUUACGUAGAAACCGAUCCGUGUGUACUGCUGGAGAACAGGAUUUCUCGCCGUAGAGUGCGUGUGUGAGACUUAUUUUUUGACACUACUUUGGACAGGAACAGAAAUUUUUACUUUCCAAAAGAGAUGAGUUCUGCUCCAGCCGCUGCCGCCCCGGCCCCAGCGCCGGUUCUCAAGAGAGGAAUCGUCAAGCAGGUUCUGUCCGGUGAUUCCGUGAUCAUCCGUGGACAGCCGAAAGGAGGACCGCCACCGGAGAAGCAGCUCAACUUUUCCGGAGUGAUUGCCCCGAAGCUCGCCCGCCGACCGACCAAUAAUUCCACGGAAAUUUCCAAGGAUGAACCGUACGCUUGGGAAGCUCGCGAGUACCUGCGCCAGCGACUGAUCGGCCAGGAGGUGUACUUCCAUGCUGAACGACCACCGAAUGCUACCCGCGACUAUGGAUACGUGUGCAUCGGCAAGGAUGCUGCCUCCUCGGAGAACAUCGUUGAAUCGAUCAUAUCCGAGGGUUUGGUGAGUGUCCGUCGUGAAGGUGUCCGCCAAACGCCCGAGCUAACCCGCCUCUGUGAGCUGGAAGAUGCCGCCAAGGCAGCUCGCAAGGGUAAGUGGAGUGACUCGCCUUCGUCGGAACACGUGCGUAAUGUCACCUGGAACAUUGAAAACCCCAAGGCAUUUUUCGAUCAUCACGACGGUAAGCUGAUCAAGGCGAUCAUUGAACAUGUCCGUGACGGAUCUACGGUGCGUGCAUUCCUCCUGCCUGAAUUCCAGCACAUCACUCUGAUGAUGUCCGGAAUCCGAUGCCCCGGCUUUAAGCUGGAUGCCGACGGAAAGCCCGACACUAACGCCGAAGUGCCGUUCGCUGAGGAAGCUCGCUACUUUGUCGAAUCCCGCCUGUUGCAACGUGAGAUCGAAAUCCGAUUGGAAUCGGUUAACAAUAAUAACUUUGUCGGCACGAUUGUCUUCCCCAAGGGCAACAUUGCUGAAGCUCUGCUCAAGGAAGGUUUCGCCAAGUGCGUUGAAUGGAGCAUGCCCUACGUGAAAGAAGGUGUCGAUAAACUCCGAGCGGCCGAGAAACAUGCCAAGGCAAAUCGCUUGCGUCUGUGGAAGGACUAUCAGGCCCCAACCGCGGCGUUCAACAGCAAGGACAAGGAUUUCUCCGGAACCGUGACGGAAGUGUUCAACGGUGAUGCCAUUAUGGUCAAGAUUAGUCCCACCGUAUCGAAGAAGGUGUUCCUGUCGAGCAUCAAACCGCCACGUGAGGCUGCCCGUACUGCCGACGAGGAAGGAAACCUGCCACCUCGCCCGAAGGGAUCCCGCCCGCUGUACGACGUCCCAUGGAUGUUCGAAGCUCGUGAAUUCCUGCGCAAGAAGCUGGUCAACAAGAAGGUCAACUGUUCGUUGGAUUACGUGACCCCAGCCCGGGACAACUUCCCCGAGAAGUGCUGCUACACCGUGACGCUGUCUGGAGCUAACGUGGCGGAAGCCCUGGUAGCCAAGGGUUUGGCCACGGUGAUUAAGUACCGUCAGGACGAUGACCAGCGCUCGGUCCACUACGACGAACUGCGUGCCGCCGAAACGCAAGCCAUGAAGCAGCUGAAGGGCGUUCACGCCAAGGAUGACAUUCCGACGCACCGCAUCAAUGACCUAACGAUGGAUCACUCCCGCAUCAAGCACCAAUAUCUGCCCUCGUGGCAGCGUGCUCUGCGUACCGAAGCCAUCGUUGAGUUUGUUGCCAGUGGUUCCCGUUUCCGUAUCUACUGUCCAAAGGACAGCUGUCUGGUGACAUUCUUGCUGGCCGGUAUUUCAUGUCCUCGUUCAUCCCGCCCUGCCCUGAGCGGUAUCCCUGCCCAGGAGGGAGAACCCUUCGGAGACGAUGCACUCCAGUUCAGUCGCGAACGCAUCCUGCAGCGUGACGUGAGCGUGAAGAUUGAAACCACCGACAAGGCAGCCACCAGUGUGAUCGGAUGGCUGUGGACCGAGAACAACGUCAAUCUGUCGGUUGCACUCGUUGAGGAAGGUCUCGCAUCGGUGCACUUCACCGCCGAGAAAACGGAACAUUUCCGUGCCCUCAGCGAAGCGGAAUCCCGUGCCAAGUCCAAGAGGAAGAACAUCUGGAAGGACUACGUGGAAAAGGUCGAGGAGGACAAUAAGGAGAACGAAGACGAAAAGGAAGACCCAACAGCCCCCGCCGAUCGUAAGGUUAAGUACGAGAACGUGGUCGUUACGGAAGUAACCCCGGAGUUGCAUUUCUACGCCCAGCACUCGGAUCAAGGUGGUAAGCUGGAAGAACUCAUGACCAAGCUGCGCCAAGAGUUCCGUGCAAUGCCCCCGGUCACCGGAUCGUACAACCCGAGACGAGGCGAUAUGUGUGCGGCCAAAUUCUCGGAAGAUAACGAGUGGUACCGUGCCAAGGUCGAGAAAAUUGAAAAGGGCGGCAACGCUUCGAUCCUGUAUGUCGAUUACGGCAACCGCGAGACCGUGCCCACGACCCGCCUAGCCAUGCUUCCGCCUGCCUUCAUCUCGGACAAACCGUUCGCGCACGAAUACUGCCUGGCGCUGGUGCUUCUGCCUACCGACGAGGAAGACAAGGCCGACGCCCUUAAGGUGUUUGCCCAGGAUGUGCUGAACAAGGUCCUGCAGAUGAACGUCGAGUAUCGCGUCAGCGGUGCCGAGCACGUAACUCUCGUUGAUCCUGCGACCAAGGAUGACAUCGGCAAGGAUCUCAUCAACGACGGUUUCUUGAUUGCCGAAAAGAACAAGAAGGACCGCAGACUGCAGAAGCUGCUAAACGAUUACAAGGAAGCCGAGCAGUCCGCCCGCAAGAACCGCAACGGCAUCUGGCAGUACGGUGACAGCACCGAGGACCAGGCCGGCGAGUUCGGCCUCAGCCGUUAAGCGUGGUUCCGGCACCAAACAAGCGAUGAUCACACCUGCCCCUAAACAACAAAAAAAAACAUAUAUUAUUACAUUAUUAUCAAGAAAAACCCACUAAUUGCAAGGAAUGCCAGAAGCAGACAAAAAUCAUCUAUUUAAGAUAUUAUUCCAGUUUAUUUUUUAUUUUUAUUUUUCCAAGUCGUGAAAAACACAAAACUUCCAAACACUUCUAUUAGCUAGCAGCAGGAAGGGAAAGUCAGAGAACCGAUUAUGAAGAGCUCCUUAUCACGUAGUAGAUUCAUUAUUACUCUCCAGAGUCAGAGAUUACCAUAACACGACAAACAGAAUUGUAUAGCAGAAACUAACAUCAAGUAGAUGAUUUCAGGGAAAACCAAUAGUGCAACAAAAGUCGAAACAAUCAACAAUGGGUUUUCAUCCUCGGUAGCAACAGCAACAGAGCGGCGUUGGCAAGCAUUUUAAGAAACAUUUACACACGACAGCCCUCACAAACCCACUAGGCUACUACAAACAACGGCUGCAGAAUAAUAGCAGCAGAUUUGCCGUACUAAAAAAACAAACCUAGAUGCGAAUAAGACUGUUCCUCUCUCUUUCGCAUUCGUUGUCAAGACUGUUGUAGUAGUAGUGUGAGUAACUCUAUGAAAUAACAACCACCGUCUAAACGCGAUGCUUGGCAAACAGAAACGUAAGGAAAGAACACAACCACACAAUGAAAACAGUCUAAUUAAUGUUAAAACACAAGACAGAAACAAAAAUACGUAGAUCUAAAAGGAGUAAUUCAGCGAGAAAGAGAGAAAAUUGUCCGGCUGGAACAGAAUUUUUCGUUAUUAUUUUAUUUUUCCUGUAUGUUUUUCGCUACCCUAUUAGAAUCGAAAAUUGAUUAAGGUUUCUUUAUGUUAAUGGUGGAAAUAAACUUUUGUGAAACGUUUUUU